GGUUGUGGGCAAAUAGGCUGUUGACCAUGUUCAGUUAGUGUGAAUGUAUGAAGUUCUUAGAUUUUCAUGAAAUUACACAAAAGUGAAGAAGAGACUGAACUGUUUGUGUAGGUGUCAGGGAAUUUAACCAUCUUGUUCUUUAAUAACCAGGUGCUGCUUUGCUGUAUAGCAGAGAAGAAAACUGGAUCCAUUUGCAGAUUGUUCUCAGCUUGAAGAAUUCACAGGAUCAGACUCACAGUCUGCCGUAGCAGAGUCGCAACCUGAAUGCUGUUAUGGCUCAGACUUUUUAAGUCAGCUUAAAACAUGCAACGUCUGAUACAGGAUCACCUGAUCCAUGUGCAUAUUAAUUGCUCUACUCACUGUAUAAAAUGACGAACAACUUGAUAACAUGCUUACUAGCUGCUGCGACACAAACAGAGGUUCUUCUUAAUACCUGAUUAUUUCCUGCCGCAGCAAAUUACGUAGCCAUGGUUUGGGGUGAUACACAUAAGUUAAGAGAUAACUACCCUUUAUUGUGUUCUUCGACCAUGGAAGAACUGGGGAUGGAUAUUGACUCUGGACUGGAGGAAGAUGAUGCGAAACAUGACAGUUCUUUUGAAGAUUCUACAAUCUUUGUAGCUUUUAAAGGGAAUAUAGAUGAUGAAGACUUCAAACAGAAAUUGGGCAUCAUCUUGAACAGUGUUCCUGACCUUCUGAACAUGGAAUCUGAGAAGUUAGUACUGAGGAAGGUAGAGCCUUGGAACAGCGUACGCGUUACUUUCAAUAUUCCUCGUGAAGCAGCUGAGCGUCUGCGAAUGCUCGCGCAGAACAACAACCAACAACUGAGAGAUUUGGGAAUUCUUUCAGUUCAGAUUGAAGGUGAAGGUGCCAUCAAUUUGUCAUUAGCACAGAACAGAGGCCAAGAUGUACGAAUUAAUGGACAAGGCAGCUCAGUACGAAUGGAGACAGGAUUUCCCAUGUCAGGAAGCCAAGGGUUAAUACGAAUAAACAAUCCUGCAAGUGUUAUGAUGCAACAAAGUGGGAAUGUAUCAUCAUCAAUGAUGACAAGUGCCCCUAACACAGAACUGCAGCCCAGAACACCUCGUCCAGCUUCCCAGUCAGAUGCCGUAGAUCCACUCUUGUCAGGUCUAACUAUCCAACAGCAGACUCAUCCAUCUGGAUCAGUAGUGCCUCAGCUCCAUUCAGUACAGUCAGUUUCGGUUAAUAGGCAGAUAAACCCAGCCAACUUCCAACAGAUGCAGCCACAGCAGCACCAGCAACCACGCCCUCCUCAACAGCACCAGCAGCCACAACAGAGUGCUCGCCCUUCAUUUACAGGUGCAACUCAGGUUCCAGUUCCUCCUGGUUGGAACCAGGUGCCUUCUGGAACAGUUCAGCCUCCUCCAUCCCAGGGUACAAUGGGCACAUUGACAGUUAACCAAAGUUGGAAAAAGACUCCUUUGCCUGGACAAAUGCAACAACAACUCCAAGCCAGACCAUCUUUAGCAACAGUACAAACACCUUCUCAUCCGCCACCCCCAUACCCUUUUGGAAGCCAACAAGCUUCUCAGGCACACACAAACUUUCCUCAGAUGAAUAAUUCAGGCCAGUUCACUGCUCCACAGAUGAAGAAUCUUCAGGGAGGGCCCUCACGGGUCCCUACGCCACUACAACAGCCCCACCUGACCAACAAGUCGCCUGCCUCCUCUCCCUCCUCCUUUCAGCAGGCAUCUCCUGCAUCGUCCCCAACAGUUAACCAAGCACAGCAGCAAAUGGGACCAAGGCCCACCCAAAAUAAUACUCUGCCACAGGGGUUUCAACAACCUGUAAAUUCCCCUGGCCGUAACCCUAUGGUCCAGCAAGGAAAUGUACCUCCUAACUUCAUGGUGAUGCAACAGCAAAACCAAGCUCCACAGGGUUUGCAUCCUGGACUAGGAGGAAUACCCAAGCGUCUCCCACCUGGCUUUUCUGCUGGACAGGCAAAUCAGAACUUCAUGCAAGGUCAGGUGCCUUCUACAGCACCAGGAACAUCUGCAAAUGGUGGAACACCCCAAUUGCAAACAAGCCAAGGUGUGCAACACACAGGUGGUCAAGGGAAUGGUCUUCCCCAGAACCAAAUGCAAGUUCAGCAUGGCCCAUCAAAUAUGAUGCAGACGAAUUUAAUGGGACUUCAUGGAAGUAUGAACAAUCAGCAGACAAGCACCAGUGGAGUUCCUCAGGUUAAUUUGGGCAACAUGCAGGGACAGACUCCACAAGGACCACAGUCUCAAUUAAUGGGGAUGCACCAGCAGAUAGUAUCCUCUCAAGGACAGAUGGUGAAUAUUCAAUCUCAGGGAUCUCUAAAUCCUCAAAAUCAGAUGAUACUGUCCCGAGCUCAGCUCAUGCCACAGGGCCAGAUGAUGGUAGCACCCCAAAACCAAAAUCUUGGUCCCACACAACAAAGGAUGACUCCACCCAAACAGAUGAUUCCCCAGCAAGGCCAACAGAUGAUGGCUGCUCAUAAUCAGAUGGUGGGACCCCAAGGCCAGGUGUUGAUGCAGCAGAAUUCAAUGAUGGAGCAGAUGAUGACCAAUCAGAUACAAGGAAAUAAACCACCAUUCAGUGCACAAAGCCAGUCCAAUGUUAUGACGGGGCCAGCUCAGAUCAUGAGAGGACCAACUCCAAAUAUGCAAGGAAACAUGGUGCAGUUCACAGGGCAGAUGAUGACCCAACAGGGCCCUGUGAAUGGCAGUUCUUCUCAGGUUAUGGGGAUUCAAGGACAAGUUCUGAGACCCACAGGACCGAGCCCUCACAUGUCUCAGCAGCUGGGUGAAACUACCACUACAACAAAUAGUGAUGUGAACUUGACACAAAUGCUACCUGAUGUUUCCAUGCAGCAAGGAAACAUGGUACCUCCACAUUUGCAAGGUAUGCAAGGAAACAGUAGUACAUCAGGGAACCAUUUUGCUGGACAUGGGAUGCCUUUCAAUGCCUCUUUCAGUGCAGCUCAAAAUGGGAACCAGAUUUCUUGUGGACAAAACCCAGGUUUUCCUGUGAACAAAGAUGUCACAUUAACCAGCCCCUUGUUGGUAAACUUACUACAAAGUGAUAUAUCUGCUGGACAUUUUGGUGUCAACAACAAACAGAACAGUCAAACCGCUAAUAAACCCAAGAAGAAAAAGCCUCCAAGGAAGAAGAAAAAUAAUCAGCAAGUAGAACAAAUUAAUACUUCAGAAGCACGCCCAGCAGGCCUGGAAGAGGCAGAUCAGCCAACAGUGCCAGGAGAGCAAAGUAUAAAUUUGGAUAACACAGGACAUAAGCUCUCAGACUUCACAAACAGGCCACAAGGCUACCCAGCUCAGCCAGUGGAACAAAGAUCUCUGCAGCAAAUGGCACCUCAGCUUUUGCAACAUGGACAGCAGCAACAGCAGCAGCAGCAACAACAACCACCACCACCACCACCCAUACCUCAGCAGACACAGUCCCAACAGCAGCAGCAACAACAGAUGAUGAUGAUGCUUAUGAUGCAACAGGACCCUAAAUCAGUGAGGCUCCCUAUUCCCCAAGGUGUUCAUCAGCCUAGGGGCCCUCUGAAUGUAGAGACACAAAGAAUGCCAAUGCAGCAGGGGAGUAACAUGUCAGUCAUGGUUAGCCUACAAGGUCCUGGUGCUGUGCCCCCAUCUCCUGACAAGCAAAGAAUUCCUAUGCCAAACAAUCCAACUUUGCUGAACAAUGCUCGAAAGAUGGUUUAUACAGAUAGUGCACAGAAUCUUACCAGCUCUCCUUUAGGAGAGGUUCCAUCAUUGCCCUCUGUUUCAGAAGGAAAUGGGCCUGAAACCGCUCCAGUAUCAGGGCUUCAAAAUAACAUAGCAUCCCAUUUAAUUGUUUCACAAAAUCAGCUUUUGAUGACAGGGCCAAAACCUGGACCUUCUCCACUCUCAGCUCCCCAAGGUGCAAGCCCUCAGCAGCAAGCUAAUUCUCUUCCUGGCCCACACCCACACCAUUUUCAAAAUGUUACCCCCACGUCCCAGACAUCAAGACCCAAAACACCCAACAGGGCAAGUCCAAGGCCAUACUAUCCUCAGACACCCAAUAAUCGUCCACCAAGCACAGAGCCGUCAGAAAUAAGUUUAUCUCCAGAGAGGCUGAAUGCUUCUAUUGCAGGUCUUUUUCCUCCUCAAAUAAAUAUUCCUUUGCCUCCUAGGCCUAGUCUUAAUAGAGGAUUUGAUCAGCAGGGUCUUAAUCCAACCACUUUGAAGGCCAUUGGACAAGCACCCUCAAAUCUCACAAUGAAUAGUCAGUCAAAUUUUGUCUCUCCACAAACACACAAACUUGACCCUAUCACUGUUAAUUCAGGAAAGCAAACAAAUACUGGUGGAGCAAAGCGAGCUAGUCCCAGUAACAGUAGAAGGUCCAGUCCUGGCUCUAGUAGGAAAACCACACCAAGCCCUGGGAGGCAAAACUCAAAAGCAGCUAAAUUGUCUUUGACAUCCCAACAAAAUCCAGCCCUCAUGCAGAAUAUGGAUUUGCAGAGAAGUAUGAUGGUUGGUCCACCUUCUUUGCAAACAUCUAUGCCAGGAAAUUUCCAAAACAAUGGCAUGUUAACUGCUCAGAACACCACAAUCCCCAUAUCUGUUAUGACUGGCAUCACUGAGGAUAACAAAGAAAGCUUCACUGUUCCUCAAGAAAGUACAUGCCAGAAUGUGCAGGUCAUCCAGGUAAACAAAGAUCAACACAACAUGGAACUAAAAGGUGUUCCAAGCCAAGAAAUUAAAAUACUGGUCCAUGAAGACCAACAGAAAAGAGAGCCCCCUGCUACAGAAUCCAGCAAGCUUCCCAGUCUGGAAGAAAGCAAAACUAUUCUCUCUCCAGCAAUGCGGGAGGCACCAACAUCCUUAAGUCAGCUUCUUGACAAUUCUGGCGCUCCUAAUGUUACCAUCAAACCACCUGGCCUUCCUGGCCUUGAAGUGCCUCCAACAGUGACUUGUGCAAGUGAAUUUAAAAAGGUUUCUUCCAUUCCUCCUCAACAGGAUCUUCUUUCAAGUAAAGAUCCCACUUGUUCUCUAACUUUACCUCCACAUACUGAAGCUUGUUCUGCUCAAGUACAACAAGACUUGGGAGACAUAAACCCAAGUGUUUCUCAGAAUAUGUCUCCAGUAAUUCAAAGGCCUGUUAGCACUGCUUCUAUUUCUACAUCACUCCCUCCCAAUCAGAUAACAGUGUUUGUAACUUCCAAUCCCAUUACAUCAUCCUCUAACACACCGGCAUCACUGCCUUCUCAUUUACAGUCUACGUUAAUGCCUACAGUUGUCACAAUGCCUAAUGUGGGGAAUAAAGUUAUGACGUCUGAAGGGCAGACAGCAGUUCAAUCUAAUACUCGGCCUCAGUUCAUUACUCCAGUUUUUAUUAAUUCAUCUUCAAUAAUUCAGGUUAUGAAAGGGUCACAGCCAAGUACAAUGCCUACAACCCCAAUGACUUCCAAUUCUAAUUUAAUACCACAGUCUGUUGCAGUUGUUGGCCCUUUGCAUUUACCCCAGAAUAUAAAGUUCUCAUCAGGGCCUGUGCCUCCUAGCUCAUCAUCUAAUACUAUCUCAAGUAUGGCAACAAGCCGAUCAUUGGUUAUUAAUUCACUGCCAACUUCUGUUCCACUUUCUUCAUCAUCAUCAACAGUACCAUCAAGCACUUCUUUGCAUCCACCCAACCAACAAGUCAAAGAUUUUAAUCCAGAGGAGGUGAGUUCACAAGGUUGUACAUCUGUGGACCCAUGUGCUGAAGCAACCUCGCAAUCUGGAGUGGUGGUUUCUCCGACUCAUCCACAUAGUCCUGGAUCUUCUGUCAACAGACGAAGCCCAGUUUCCUCUGCUAAGGGAAAGGGAAAAUUGGACAGAAUUGGCCAUUUUUUGCUGACAAAAGCAUGUAAGAAAGUAACCGAUUCCUUUGAGAAAGGGGAGGAACAAUAUGCUAUGGAAGAAGAAGUGGGGGGUCAGGGACAAGAUGUUUCACUCUCUAACAGUCUGGAAGUGGAACAGUUACCUGUAGAACUGGAAGACAACAUUGUGCCAUCUCCAGAACCCACUCUUUUGAAACAAAGCACUUCUGGGACUGGCCUUUUAAAUAUAAGUAGUACUGCUACUGUUUCUGCCUCUGUAUCUCUAAGCUUACCAGACAGCACUCCUUCCACUAAUGUACUGUCAGUAGUAACCACUCCAGUAAUCUGUGACAUUGUAUCUCCAAUUCCAAGUACUAAUGGUAACCCAGGGAAUUUCUCGGUGGAGCAGGUUGGAACUGGACUAGAGGAUGAGAAGACAGAAGCCCAUCAUGAAUUACCACAGAACAUGGCAUCUUCAGGCCAGACUCCUGUUGGAACACCAGAACAAACUGUUCAAAGAACAGAAUUGGAAGGAAAUUCUGCAAUUACCACUGGCCUUGUUAAUGAGCCAAAAGAGAGUUGUGAAAAAUCUAAAACUCCAAGCAGAAGAAAUUCAAGAACAGAGGAGUCUGCAGUAGUGCAGGAAACCAUAGAGAACGGUCAGCGCAAGAGGUCUUCUAGACCAGCAUCGGCAUCCAGCAUGGCAAAAGAAACAAAUUCCAGUGCUAUGCAGUCAAAAAGAAGAAAAUCCAAAUAAACUGUGGAGUCAGUAUGCAAGGCUUGUAAAUGUGUGAAUUUUACCAGUAACAACUCAGAGCUGUGAUUUCUUGAUGUAUAUAAAAACAAAGCUCAACACAACAAAAACAAUUCUGUACAGUAAUUCAUUUUGUUAUUACCCUAUUUCCAGUUAAUACAAAGGGUUUUUUUUUGCUAAAGACCUAAUGAUGGGGAAGUCUGAUUUUGUAUAGGGUGCACUUAGCACACUAGAUUUAGCAUGUUGUAAAAAAUCUGAGGAGAUAACUGUAAAUUUAUUUCUACAUUUUCACUUUUCAUAGGACAAACUAGAGUACAGGGUUGUCAUUUUUUAGUGAUUAAAUAAUGUAUUGUGCUGUUGGUCAAGUACUGUAUGUGAAUAGCAGUUAUAUACAGCCUGUUCUUGGAAAUGUAAAUAGUUUUAUUAUAUAGUAGGUUUGAUGUAUUUGUUGUAGAAAAGGACCAGUGAAAUGAAAUGGGAGGAUUUGUGAAAUCUGGAUUACCUAGUGCUCUAAAUAAAUGUCAUUGACCUGUA